CUGCCAUCAACCUGCUGUUUGGGUAGACUCCGUAUUUUAGAACCCCUCACCCAAGAAGAAGUCGAAGAAGAAAUUUUCUAACAAAACAGCGUUGAACAGGAUUGAUGUUGAGAUGCAGAAGCCUCUAUUAUGACAGCCUAUGUGGAGAUGUCUGGGGACAGCAGAACACUGAGUGCACAGGCACCGACUGGUGGCCAGCAGCAGGAGCUGAGGGGUCACCCCAACGUGCCUAGCGAGGAAUCAAGCACAGUAAAGAUUCUCAAAGUGUGUUUCAUAAGCAACAGCUCCAACCUGGGCAAGAACUUUAAACUGGUCAAAUGUGACAGUUCGUGGGAAGUCAGGGACAUAAUUAAAUCCAUAUUGGAUAGUGGACGACUUGGACCAAACAUCAAGUAUGCUGGCUGCUAUGGAUUACGACUGAAACACCUCAAAUCAGAGGAAGUGCACUGGCUCCAUUCUUGCCUGACAGUGGGGGAGAUGGAGAAGAAGUAUGAACAGCAGCAUGUUGAGGCAGAGUGGAGAUAUGAUCUGAGGAUCCGGUACAUCCCCACUGAUUUCUUGGAGAAAUUCAAAGAAGACAAAACAACCUUGCUCUAUUUCUACCAACAGAUCCGUAGUGACUACAUGCAGCACUGUGCCAGCAAAGUCAGUGAUGGCAUGGCCUUGCAGCUGGGCUGCCUGGAGAUCAGGAGAUUUUGUAAAGAUAUGAAUGCCAAUGGAUUGGAGAAAAAAUCUAAUUUUGAUUUACUGGAGAAGGAUGUCGGCCUUGAUUUGUUCUUUCCACCUGAACUAAUUAAUAGAAUGAAGCCAAAGCAACUCAGGAAAUUGAUCCAGCAAACAUUCCAGCAGUAUUCAUCUCUGAAAGAGCAGCAGUGCAUUAUGAAGUUCUUUGAGACUUUUUCAGUUUUCUCUAAUUUUGAUGAGGAAGUUUUCCCAUGUGAGCUAGUGCAAGGUUGGCGUUUGGCUGUGGACCUUGUUAUUGGCCCCAAAGGCAUUUGCCAGCGCACCGACAAAAAUGCAGUGCCCAUCUGCCUAGCUACGUUCUCACAGGUUCAAAGCAUCAGAUGCUCCCUUCAGAAUGAUGGAAAGGCUCUGCUACAGGUGACCAUAAAGGAGGCCAUGCAGCCUUUGUCCAUCAACACAGUGUCCCUUUCGACUGCAGAGAACAUGGCUGACCUGAUAGAUGGUCAUUGUCGUUUAGAGAGUGGAAAGGAGACAUCUUUGUUGGUGAAAAUUCAUAAACAAAAAGAAUCUAGAAUUUCUCUACCUCCAGUUCCUAACAGUAUACCAAGCAUUUCUUCCUGCAGAACAAGCAUUGGUUCAGACAUAUACGCUGAGAUAUCAGAUGAAAAUCCACAAGCAAUAGCACACAGAUACAGCUUUAGUCGAGAUGAUGUUGUCCUCGGCCGGAUCCUGGGUGAAGGUUUCUUUGGUGAGGUUCACGAAGGAGUUUACAAAAGCAAGAUGGGUGAGCGGAUGGGUGUCGCGGUGAAGACGUGCAAGGAGUGCACAGCUGAUGUCAAAGAAAAGUUCAUGAGCGAAGCUGUGAUCAUGAAAAAACUUGACCAUCCUCAUAUUGUGAGACUAAUUGGGAUCAUCGAGGAGGAUCCAGUGUGGAUUGUAAUGGAACUGUACCAGCAUGGAGAGCUAGGAAUAUACCUGAUCGAGAACCAGUACAAACUGACCAAUGUUACCCUCAUCCUGUUCAGCCUGCAGAUCUGCAAAGCCCUGGCUUAUCUGGAGGGUGUUAAUAUGGUACAUAGAGAUAUAGCUGUCAGAAAUGUUUUGGUUGCUAAACCAGACUGUGUGAAGCUGGGUGACUUCGGCUUAUCCAGAUACAUAGAGGAAGAAGAAUACUACAAAGCCUCAGUGAGCCGACUGCCUAUCAAAUGGAUGGCUCCCGAGUCCAUCAAUUUCAGACGAUUUACAUCAGCUAGUGAUGUCUGGAUGUUUGCUGUGUGCAUGUGGGAGAUCAUGAGCUGGGCUCAGCAGCCUUUCUUCUGGCUGGAAAACAAGGAUGUUGUCAACCAACUGGAACAGGGCAUGCGACUGCCCAAGCCAGAGCUCUGCCCCCCCACCCUCUACUCCCUCAUGACCCGCUGCUGGGCCUAUAACCCCAGGGAGAGGCCGCGUUUCACUGAACUCGUGUGCAGCCUGAGUGAUAUUCACAGAAUGGAGCAGGAACUGCGAGUUGAACAGCAGAGGGACUGGGCAUGUGCUUCUAAGAUGGCCUUUGCCGAACCACCACCCAAGCCAUCAAGACAUAGAUCUACGAAGUUCAAUACUAUUGGGCCAGGGUGCAUUCAGGAGAGGGACUUUGUGUUGGAGCCAUCCAGUAAGGAGAACACACAGCACCUGUGGGAGCUGGAGAGGCAGCACAUGCAGGAGACUCUGAGGAGGCAGAAGCAGGAGAUGCUGGAGGAUAAUCAGUGGCUUGAGAAAGAGGAGAAACUGCUGGAUCCUGUGGUCCAAGAUGAUGCAAAAUUAAAACCAGUGCCAGACAUGGAGACAGGCUAUGCUCAAUUUCGAGCUCCCCCGGAGAAGCCUCCCAGACUAUCUGCGCAGCCAGCACCCACAGCUGAACUAGAUCGUACUGAGGAUAAGGUUUACCAGAAUGUGAUGGAGAUGGUCAAAGUGGUGAUGCAGCUCAAGAAUGAUGUCAACAUGCUACCACCGUCAGAGUAUGUUGGUGGGGUGAAGGCAGUAGGGUUGAGUCUGCGUGACCUGAUCCGCAGUGUGGACGAAGUCCUCCCAGACCUGCAUGAGUCUGUCAGAACUGAGAUUGAAGGCACCCAGAAGCUGCUGAACAAGGACCUGGCUGAGCUGAUCAGUAAGAUGAAGCUGGCCCAACAGAAUGCUAUCACGUCGCUGAAAGACGAAUGCAAGAAGCAGAUGUUAACAGCAGCUCACACACUGGCCAUGGACUCUAAAAACCUCCUGGAUGCUGUAGACCAGGCUCGAGUGCGAGCCAAUAUUGCCAAACCAAAAGCCAAUUGAUUCUGUAGUGAAGUAGGAGACCUGUGCUGCCGAAGUGCUGGUGCACGUACUGCUGUCACUGCAUAGAGGGGAGGAAAGGGAAAGCUUGCAAUUUUGGUCCAUGUUGUUUUUUUAGAUGGUGGUACAAUUUCAUCUUAUUUAUGUGUAUUGAUAGCAAUGAAAGCUGUGCUUUCUAUAAUGAAUGUUUGGAAUAUUGCUUUUUUCUGGAUCUUUUUUUUUUUUUUGCAAAUGCAAAAACUGUUUGUAAUAAUUUUCAGUCUUUUUCAUUUAGACCAAGAAAUAUCUUGCAUGUUUUAAUGUUUCCAUUUGACCUAUUGUUUCAGUUGUUGAAAGACAGAUGUCAGGUUUUUAGAAAUGUGUGGUAUUUCUGUUCUGCAGUUCUGAAAAUAAUUAAUAGAGUUUGAUUAAAUAAAAAAAACCCCCAAUA